ACAUGGUUGAAUGUGAAGGUUUAUGUGAAAUCAACAGAACUUCAGAAUUCUAUCCUUUAUGAAGCAUUUCAAUGAUGGUGCCUUAGAAGACAUUCAUUGCUGGAGAAUGAAGGCAUGAUCAAGUCCUGUAUAUUUUUUUGCAGCCUGAAGUCUCUUCCCCACUCUGGACUGAAAUAUAUUUGGGAAGUACAGAAGUUUCUGUGUGAUGUUCUCAAAAUAUAAGGGAAGAUUUCGGAGAAUGCUCUGAUGUGUCCUUGCAGGAAAUAGCAUCAAGAUUCCUACUGAGCAGAGAGAAUGAAGCUGACAUUUACAGAUAAGAAAGGUCACUGCCUUUCCUAUCUGCAGGCAAAGCCAGUCAGGAAAUAUAUAAAGGAGAAGCUCAGCUCACCUCUCAACCAAGGCGCUUCCUAGCAAGAUGAAUCCCACCAGCUUCUUCCUCCUUACAUUGCUCCUGGUUCUGGUGACAGAAGCAUCUGCAAGGAGACCCCGUGAAAAGUUCUCACAAUCAUCUGAAGAACAUUCUAGUGAAAUCUCUGAAGUCGGCGGGAGCAGUGGGGGAUCAAGUUCUGCCAAUGAGGAAUACAGCCGGAGUGAGAGCUCGUGGAGUUCCUUUAAAUCAAAAAAUCCAAAGAGCAGCGUCAGUGAGGAAGGCUCAUGGAGCAGCUUUAAGUCAAAAAGUGCAAAAAGCAAUGUUGGUGAGGAAGGCUCUGAUGGUGACAGAGGCAGCGAGUCUGCAGGGAAAAUAGAGUGGUCUUACACACAGAGAAAGGAAAAGCAACGUUUUGGACAAGAAGUAGCUAAGUAG